AUGAAUUCCCUGACAGUCACAACACCCAUUAGGGUGGCAUCACUUCCAAAAUCAUACCUUCACCUCACAGUCCGAAGCUAUGCAAAUGCUGCUGCCGUGGCUGGGCUGAGGGGCACCCCGUCGCUAGCCACCAGACAUCGCCAACAAGUGGCCAACAAGCGAUUCAUCUCUUCCACACCUCAAACAAAGAAGGACUCUUCAGUUCCUGCCUUGCAUAGCGACAUAAAAUCAGCAUGGACUCAUCCUGUUUACAACGAUGAACAGAUAAAGCAGGUCACAGUCGCCCAUCGAGACGCAAAAGACUGGGCUGAUUGGGUGGCGCUCGGUACAGUCCGUGUCCUACGAUGGGGCAUGGACCUGGUGACGGGAUACCGCCAUCCUCCCAAGGGAAGAGAGAAUGAAGCCAAAUUCCGCAUGACGGAGAAGAAGUGGCUCACACGCUUUGUUUUCCUUGAGAGCGUUGCUGGUGUUCCGGGCAUGGUAGGAGGAAUGUUGAGGCAUUUAAGAAGUCUGAGACGGAUGAAGAGGGAUAACGGAUGGAUCGAAACCCUUUUGGAAGAAGCAUACAACGAACGUAUGCACUUGCUCACCUUCCUCAAACUCGCGGAGCCCGGAUUGUUCAUGCGCCUCAUGGUUCUCGGAGCGCAGGGUGUCUUCUUCAACGGCUUUUUCCUCUCCUACCUCAUCUCUCCACGCAUCUGUCACCGAUUUGUCGGCUACCUCGAAGAAGAAGCAGUCAUCACCUAUACGCGGGCAAUUGAGGAAAUUGAGGCUGGAAAGCUUCCAGAGUGGGAGAAGGUAGAAGCCCCCGAUAUGGCUGUCCGGUACUGGAAGAUGCCCGAAAACCAGCAGACCAUGAAGGACCUGCUACUUUAUAUCCGAGCAGACGAAGCGAAGCACAGAGAAGUAAACCACACCUUGGGCAACCUCAACCAGACCGUGGAUCCGAAUCCGUACACGGCCAAAAUUAAGGAUCCCGCUAAGGCCUGCGUGAGCAAGGGAAUCGAGAAUCUGAGAAGUACCGGGUGGGAGAGACAUGAAGUUCUUUAA